UUGUAGAGUUGAAUUAAAAUUAAUUUUUUCUCAAAAUGUUUGAUUAUAAAAAGUUUUUGAGGGUUGAAAUUUUCAUGUUUGAUUAAAAAUUUAUAAAUUUAUUUAAAGUGAAAUUUUUUGCAAAAAUGGAGCGAGCCAUCAGCUCAAAAUUGAGCAGCAGCAGGUGGCUGGAAGCGGUCUGGGAACCUAGUGCUAAGUUAAAUGUACUUCCUGGAGGUCUUGAGAUGAUGGAUGUCGCUGGAGAUGGCGAAGCUAGGCUUAUUGUAAUUGAUCUGGGCGAUGAAUUAAAAGAUUCUGCUAAAGUACGAGUUUUCAAAGAAAGUUUUCAAGUACAAGAGUACACAAUGUUACACCCCCCUUGUGGGGUAGUAGGAUUUUACACAGAAAAUAACGAUCCAAAAUCGGCAGUAGUAGCGGUUGCGUCUUGUACCGAUAUAUUUUUUUAUAAAAAUAUGAAACCUCAUUUUAAAUCCCGUCUACCUUUUUUGGACGCUCAUCCUAAAGAGAAAGAAAUUUGGCACAAAGCUGGAGUUGAGCAAGAAUUGAACGUAAAAAUGUUGUACGAAGAUCUCGAUUUACUUUUAAAAGAACUUGGAGCAGCUUUUAUAACUCCAAGAACCUUAAAAUUCUUAUCGCUGGACGAAAACUUGCGCUUAGAGUUUGCGGAUUUGUACAGAAGCGUUCCUCUAAACCGCCCAGACUGUGCGACCACUAUUGGAACCAUCAGAAAGGAUUCUUGGAACGAUCCGGCGAGCAGUUGUUUGGUUGUCGGUACAGAGGAAGGAUAUCUUUUAAUUUUGGAUCCAAGGUCGUUUCACGUGAUAGAAAAGUUCCAACUAGGUUGGGCGCCAGUGACGACAGCCAGCGUGGGCUUGUGGUCAGGCGAGGGCCAAAUUUUCGUAACCGGGAGGGAAAUGGAGCUCGGCUCACUGAAGAAAGGCUGCGGGACAAUAAAACUUUGGGAUGAUUUGCCCAACCCGGCCGUCGCUAUGUGCAUUUUACCCGGCGAUGGUCUAGCAGUAGUGAUUAUGAGCGGAAUUGUUAUUGGAUUCACGGGUAAAGGACAGCGGAUAUGGAAUAUUGAACUACCUGGGCUAGCUCUUGAUAUGAUAAGCAUUCCCGUUCCUCAGUCGGGCUUGUCACUGAUUGCUGUUAGCGUUCCUAAGGUUGGAGUUGUCAUUUACGAUUCGCAACAUCAUGUUGAUACUAUAACAACUUUUGAACCUAUCUCUGCAAUGAAGUUCGGCAGAAUGGGACAAGAAGAACGCGCAUUAGCAAUGGUGACAAUAAACGGAGGAUUGUGUGUGAAAAUCCUAAAACGAACUGCUAAUUUCAGUACAAGACUAGGAUCAUCAGCAUCAUCAACUAGCGCUUCGGAGAAUACAAACCCGGGAUCUAAAUUUUCAAUUCCCAAAAAAACUAGACUGUUUGUCGAACAAAUGAUGCGAGAAAGACAAGAAGCCAAGAAAAUUUACCAAAGUUUUGAGCAAAGUUUUCUGAGACUUCAGCUAAUGGUCGAGAAGCGAGCUCAUGAAGUUAUUUUUUCUAAUACCGACGCGAUCAACAAUCCAAUUACCAUGGAGAUCAGCGUUCUCGGACUAGGACCUACUUAUGUACUUCGAACCCUGGUAGCAAGCAUGGCCGAGGACAAAAACGAGCCGGCCUUGUUUCUGGUUUUCCGAGCAAACGAAGCAGUCAUCAAGCCUCGGGUUGUGGACUUGCCACUGCUUACUCCGGGAAUUCAAAUGCCCGUGAUGGUUAAGGCUACCCCCAAAAGUGCUGUUUCCGAAAAAGUAAAAGUGCUUUUGUGCAAAAAAGGAAACAUGCAGCCAAUAACUAGCGCAAUUGUGAUGAUUCCUAUCGCAGAGCCUGAUAUUGAAGUGUAAUUUUGCUCGAAAAAAUAAUUGUAAAUUUGUUAUUUUUAAAAAUGUUGACGUGAUUUUUUCAAUAAAAAAUUUAUCGAUAUUAA